AUGGGAACUUGUUAAUAAUGUAAAUAGUAGAAAACUCCUGAAAUUAUAGAUAUUGUUCCAUCAAUACCAAGAGAAUCAAAAAGUGAUAACAUCAGAAAGAUUAUGCAAUUAAUGAAUGAAUUUGAUAGUUACUAAAUCAUCAAAACUACUUAAUAUUCAUUUGUAUAUGAUGAUGCUGUCAGAUUGGGUCGAUAGGAUAACACUAAAACAAUCAUUACUCAAGGAACUGUCAAACCAAUUAAUAUAGCUAAGUUACGAACAGUAAAUGAGGAACUCAAGUAACUAAAGAAUUAAUCUAACGAAUAAGAUAAAUGUAUAAUUGACAAGAAAAUGGUCUUCUAAUGUGGUCUUGAAUUAGGUGAUACUUUACCUUAAAUAAAAUUUCAAAUGUUAUUCAAUGAAUAAGAUCAGAUUUUGAAUUUACAAGAUGGUAAAUACACUCUAAUAAAAUCAUGGAGUCAAGGAGAACAAAUGGUUAAUUUUGAACAUGCAAUAGAUUUGAUUGAUUCAUUAAAAUAGUUUGAUCUGCAAUUAAUAGGGUUGACAAGAGGUAAUAUAGAAUAGAAAUCUGUUUAUGAAGAAUUGGUAAGAUCAAAUCACAGAUGGGAAUAAUUUCAACAUAUUUAUAUAUGUACAGAAGGAUAUGAAAAUCUUGAUAAUCAUAUAUUAGAUAUCUACUUCUAAGAAAAUACAAAUGAAGUAGAGGAAGGUUAUUUGGUUAGUGGUUUAUUGUUUUAUGGUAAAAAAUUAAUAUGGAAAAGAUAUAAUCAUGAAUGGGAUAUAUUUUCAGAUUCAGAAGAAGUAUCUCAGGAAGUAACAACCUUAAUUAAUCAAGGUGUAAAAGAAUACUCUGGAAAACAACAAACUAAUCUUGUUAAUAGUAUUACUAAAGAAUAGUAUUGUUAAAUUAAGAAAUUUGUAUUAGAUUAACAAACUCAAUAACCUUUCACAAGAAAUAUUAAUGUAUGUGUUACUAAAAAAACCUUUUUUGGUAGGAAUUUCAAAAAAAUUGUAUAUGAAAAACCAAUUAUAGAAGUGAAUUGUUCACCUAAAUCAUAAUAACUUACUGAAUCUUUCAUUAAACCUCUUGGAUAUUAAUCUACUCUAUGGAAUGGUUAAUUGUUAAAGAAAGUAUUAAUGUAAAAAAUAUCAGAAAAUAAUCUUAAUAUUGAAGCAGCAUUAGAAAAACAAAUUAAAAUUUAAAUUAAUUAUGAAAAAAAUCUAAUUUAAAUAUCUACUUGGGAACAAUCUACUCUUAUUCCUUAUUAUAAAUCUACUCAAUACAUUUCCUAAGUCAAAUAAUGGAUUCAUGCAAGAGAUAAAGUUUUAAGUGAAUGUGAUAAUUCUGAUGAUCCUGUUACUUCUAGAAUUAAUAAAAUGAUUAAAGACUUUUUUACUCAUAUACCCACAGUAGAAAAAAUACAAAAUCAAUAGUAUGGAAAAAUACCUUAUGCUGAAAAAAGAAAACCUCCUUAUGAGGAAAUGUCUAUCUCUAAAAGUUUGGGAAAUGAAGAAAUCACUAGAAAAAAAGAUAAAAUUCUAUUAAUUUUAUUAAUUGAUUAUGAAAAUGAUGACACUCUGGAUUUAUUAAAAAGUCUGAUUAAAUACAAAAAAGAAAAUUAAUCUCCUUUGUAAAUUGCUGUUUUAGGACAUAUAAGAGCAGAAUCUUGGACAAAAUUAUUCUAAGCUUAUAUGGAAAAACAUAAAUUAAAUAAUGAUGCAGAAGAAGGAAUUAUUGAAACAUGGUUUCCAGUUGAAGAUAAAAUAGGUUCAAUUACUUUUAGUGCUAUAUUAAGUAAAAUGUAUAAUCUUGUACUUGAAAAAAGAGAUUGUAUGCUUGUUGAUUUAAACAAUUAAAUUAGAGUAUUAGAAUCAAGUAGAAGAGUUAUUCCUAAAAUUCAUAAUUAUUUAAAUGAUUUACAAAAUUAAUUCUAAAAUCCAGAAAAAGAUAUUAUGUAAUAUUUUAUUAUUAUUUCUAGAAAUUAUAAAAAUUAAUAUUUUUAGUUUAAAAAAUGUAUUCGAUUAGAACAUAAUCUUAAAGAUAUUACUACUAAAAUUAAAUAGUAAUGUAAAGAAGAUGAUACUCUAAUAUUGUAUGAAUAAAAGAAGUCUAAAAUUUGGGAUUUUGAGAAUGGCAAAAUUAGUGAAACUAGAAAAUACUCUUAACCCACUAAAAUUUUGAGGUUAAUUCCUAAAUCAACAGAAAUAGACACUUUAAAUUCAAUUAUAAAUAAGUACAUUGAUAGCUAAGAUAUUUUAUAAAUGAAAUGA